AUCGCCAUUUCAUGAUGGAAUAGUGGUUUAGACUUUAGACUUUGGAGAAACCUAAUUCCCAAAAUAGAGUGACACACGCAACACAAUACAACACAACACAAGAAGAGAUGGCAUCCAUUGCGACCCAUUUCUCAGCCUUUCUGUUACUCUUCCCAGUGGGCCUCCGCCGCUUGCACUCCUCCUCCUCCCUCUACCUCCACAGCCCUUCCCAAUUCAGAUCCAAGCUAUGGUACCUCUCAGAUCCCAAAUGGAAGAAUCUCGAUCUCUACGCUCUCCUCAUUACACUCCCAAUCGCCUCAUUCUCGGAGCUUUUCCUCUUCCUCUCCUUCUCCGGCCACCCUUCUUACAGGUUCUCAUUCUUCCAACAGUCUUUCGCGCUUCUCGCUUUCUGGUUUUUGAUUCUCUUGAUCAUAGUCCACGAGUACAACGCCACGUCAUCACUCAUCAGUGAAACCCUUGUGUACGUUCUCGGCGGUGUUGUUUUCUUCAUGGAGUAUUCUGUUAUGGAAACCGGCGUUUCAGGUCUCGCUGCUGACGUGUACGGAUUCAUAGGUUGGCUGGCUUUGCUUUGUGCCGGUUCUUGCAUUUACUUGUCGUUUAAACCGUCUGCUUUUUUUGCGGAGUUCCUGUUGUGUUGCGGAUUGGUCUUCAAGGGAACAUGGUUGUUGCAAGGAGGGUUUUUGCUUUACACUGAUGCUCUUGGAUUGAAAGGGUGUAAGAAGAUUUCCUCUUUGUUAUUAAUGUCAACUCAGGACGACGUAGUUGAUGUGCAUUGUGAGCUUGAGCAGGAUAAGGCUAGGGGUUUUGCAUUGGUGAAUUUCCUGUUCACUCUUCAUGCUCUUGUGGUGAUGGUAUUGGCUGUUGGGUUGGUUGUGGUUUUGGGAAGGAAUAGGAGCUUGAGAACUGGUGGUGGGGACGGGAAGGGGCCGUUGCUAUCUGAGAUUGAAUCUACGAACAUUCGGAUGCGUGCCCUUCCCGAACUGGAGAUCGAGUGAGAUUAUUGAUUUCUUGUGGUUUUGAUGGAAUGUGUUCAAUGUGUCCCUCGUUAGUGCUAUGUUGACACCAAAUGCGCACCAAACAUGUAGACUUUCUGCAAAAUUUGUAAGUAAUGUGCAAAGCAAAGAGUUGCGAGCAAUGGGGUUUGGAUCCCUCUUGGAUAUUCUCAAGGGGAAUUUAAACCAUAAUCUGAUUUUGGCACUUGCAUAAGCAUAUAAUCCUUUGAAAUUUUAGCUCAUAAACUCAAUAGGAAGAGGAGAUAUUACUUUGGAGUUUGCUGGAGCUGUGUUAGGAUUGCCUUCACAUGUUACUGAAGAGCAUGAACCCAUGGUUUCAGAACUCAAAGGGAAUAAAAAUUCCAAAUCAAUUGAGAGAUAUCAUGGUAUAAAAUUCAAGAGUAUGUCCAAGGUUUAGGCAAGCUUUCUUUUUGUAGCAUUAACAUUUUUAUUGCCAAUAAAUACAACUAUUCGGGAGAAUAUAAUUGGAUUAGAUGUAUCGGUGAUUGCCUUGUUGGUAAGAUUUCAGAGAAGGGUUGAUCUCAAAUUUGAAUGGAUGCGUGUAUGUGCUAUAGAUGUUUGAUUUAAAUUUUAUAAUUGGAUUUUCUCAUUAAAAUCCUAAUUCCUAUAUUUAUUUGUUU